AUGUCUUUGUUGUCAAAUUCGACAAGUAGACCAAAUUAUACGUCAACUUUCCCAGCACCAACAUCAACCGAAAUUACGCCAGUAUCAGCAGAUGAACGGAUUUUUUUUCAAACUGCCGCUGCACGUGGUAUUUCUGGGAUCUUUGUUUGGUUAUCGUUGUUCAUAACAGGCCAUCAGGUGAGAAAUCGUACAAGUUUUGGUUUCACAAGGUAGUGUUUUUGUUUACCCCAAAUCAAGUGUACAGUUAUGUACUGUAGGCUUCUCUUGUAGCUAAACUUUUAAGUUAUCAAGUCCCUUGAGCUUUAAAGCUUUAGUUUGUUAAAUAUAUACUAUGAAACGCGUAUUUUACUGUUUCACGUUAUUUCAUGUCACAGUUCUGUCCCAGGACACACGAGAGCCUAAAACUUGUGACAUAUACAUGUUAUUUUAACUCAGCUCAAGCUUAUAUUCAUUUGAUAUAAGUGUUAAUAUUAGAUUGUGUCUUCUCUCGAUUGAAGCACAUUUCCCUGAGUAAAAAAGAAGAAAUUAUUUCAUUUGUCAUUCACGAAAUAACAAAUCAAUUCUGGUAGUGGAAUGAGAUGGAGGUGCAUAUUUUAAUAUAAUAUUAUACACUUAAUGUCAGAUCCUGAGGGAAACAGUUAGUUUUGUUUUCCCUCGAGUCCUGAUGUUUCCCUCGACUUCGCCUCGGGAAACAUCAGGACUGGUUUCCAGAGGGAUCUGACAUUAAGUGUUUUGUUAUAUUUCUAGACUUUCACUUUAACAGCAACAAAAGAAUAACCGGAGCGAACCAAAACAAUUGACUCAGUAUUUAUAACCGCACAAAUUUAAUUCUCAAAACAGCUGAAUGAAUGAUUUACAAAGUACUUUCCUUAUAUUAUUUGCAUCUUUUUCCUCCAAUUGCUUUGGUUUUUCUUCUGGGAACUUCCGGGAUAACUUUAAAAAUUGUUGCUUUUUAGCUUGAGGCUUUGUGUUUGUGUUGUUGUGUUCAUUCAUGAAAAAGAAAGCUGGCAGUGUUUUUCUCGCCUUCUGUCACGCCACUUUCCACCAUACUUUGAUCACGUGCUGUAACGUAACCCGAGCGAGGUACAUUGCUUAAUGUGUCACAGUCGGGAUACACUUGAUUUUAGUCAAGGCCACGUGACCAAGAAUCAACCAAUGGCAGUCCCUGUUUAUUUGAGUGAAAGUCUACGAAUAUAACAAUAUAGUUUAAUAACUUUGACUGCAUAUAAAUUGAGUUGUAUUGACUCAUCUUUGAUGUUUAUGUGAAAUAUUGUUUUUAUAUAUUUCAAACAAUUUGAAAAAUUAUGUUUUGAAUGUGACGUGAACUUAGUAAGAAGCAGGACUGGCUGCUUCCUUUUGGUGCAAAUAAAAAUAAUAUUUGUGUCCAUUACUGACUCAAAAACCAGCUUAUGUGAAUUUUAGGGUGCAUUCCUUUGCGAUGUUCUGGAUCAGGAUCAGUUAUCUGAGAUCUGCACUCAGAUCAUGGUACCUCAAAUUAACCAAUGAAUCCUUUCCGAGAUUGGAUUCCAGUGGUAGAAAUUACUGUCGGACAUUGGACAUUGUCCGACCAAAAUGCUGUAAAUGUCCGACUAAUUUUGCAAUAUGUUCGGACAUAAUGUCCGAGCACUUAACUGACUUAGCUCUUGUCUUAGAAGGUUUUUUACAUCCCUGAGUUGAUUUCAAAAACAUUAAAAGGUAGAGCCCUAUGAUAAAAGUAAACUUCAUUCCAUUGAAAGACUCUAUUUGCAGGAAACUCGAAAACGUCCACGUAUCAUAUUCGUCUCUCUGUCUGGGGAAACGAAGCAGCUCUCUUUGUUAGGGAAUUACUGGGGUCUACUUUCCAUAUAUGGAAAUCUAAUUGACGCAAAUGAAAGCACAUGCUUUGGAACUAAAAUGGCUGCUUAUUUCAUCGAUCUGAAAGAUAAAGAAAGCUUUGUAAGACAAACAGGGAAACUUUCUGCAUGAUUUCUUGCCAGUUAGAACAACAACCAGAAUAAAAGGCAUUGUUCGAAAGUAAAUUUAGUCAAGAAUUAAGAGAGAUGAAAGAAAAUAUCUUCACAAUGGUGCAAAUAAUGACUGCCUAUGUGUGAAGCCAGCUGUGAACCAUAAACAACAAGAUAUUCUUUCAGUUGAAUACUACAGAGGUGCUUUUAAGAAAAAUUCACAUUGUAAAAUAUGGGCAGCAUUUUCACUGGUUUUGGGAAUAUUUUCAAUGAAAUAAAUAUCACCGCUUUGGUUCACUUCUUCUUUCUGAACUGAAUUGCCAUUGUCAAAACUACCAGUGUCCUGGGCACUUUUCCUCCAGAAAAAGCCUUCAAAAUGAAGGUUUGAAAGGACACAGUCCUUUCAAGUAGAAAAAAUUAUUUCCAGCACUGGAUUCAUUGGUUCUAAAUUUGGAUGUGCUAUGAUGGGAUUGAUCAAAUCUCCUUUUCCUGAUCCUGAUCCAAAUCAUCUUGAUGAAACGCUGUCUUAGUGCGCUUUCCAUUUGUCAGAACUGGUCGGCCGCACCAUGGCCGGACCAGUAAUUUUGAUAAUGAAAUCAGCUUUUUCCAAGGGUUUUUGCUGAAAAACAAUCUCCUUCCUGCACACUAUUUAGGAUUUGACUGGUCUGGCUGGUAGUUUUGAUUAAAAGUGAAAUUCUCAUUUUUGACGGGAAGGGUCUGGCUGGUCAGUUUGGAUGGAUGGAAAGCUCCGUUAGACUUCUUUUAAACCAGUGCUUCAAUCUCUUUUACUGGCAGAUCUACCAGCAUUUAAAGUAUUACACAAAUCCUAGUGAGCAGAGAUGGAUUGUUCGAAUUCUUUUCAUUGUUCCUAUCUACGCAUUUGAUUCCUGGUUGAGUCUGCUUUUCUUUGAACAAUCCUACUAUGUCUACUUUGACAGCAUUAGGGACUGCUAUGAAGGUAUGUUUAGAUUGAUAGCCGUAAAAAUAAUUAUUGUAUUUUGCAAGGCACCAGCAUGCAAAGAACGUCAUGUCCAAUAUCCCAGGUCUAGUGAAUUUCGCGAUCGGGCCAAAGUGAGUUCUCUUCUUAACUUGUCUGAUGGGCAAGUAAAGGAGUUUUGGGGAUUUAAAAUUGUAGAAGAGAAGUGCUGAUCGCGGUUGUUCAAAAGGUGGAUAACGCUUUCCAAUGUAUUUAACAAUUAUUCCUCGAGCCCAAAUGGGAUCUGAGUCAAUAGCCCACGAGGCCGAAGGCAGAAGGCCUUCAAAGCCUACUAGUUGGUCAAAAAUAUCAGGAAAAAAAAUUUUUUAGCUAGUUAAAAGCUAGACUUUAAUCCUUUUUUACCGCCAAAAAGCCUGUGCUUUUUGCUACUAGGGGGCUAUAACAUAUAGCCUAGUAGUAGCUCAACCAAUCAGACACCGCAUUGAAAAUAGACCACUAGUUGGAUUUUACUAAAAAUCAAUAUCCUCUGGAUAGCGCAAUAAUUGGUUCUCUUAAUACUUAUCCCCUGGAUGGUGAUUUAUCCGGAUGAUAUAAGCACUAUCCAGUGUUUGAGCAACCAGGGCCUGUAAGACGAAUUGGUUAAAUUACUAAUCAUAACUAUAACAAAAUUCUCAAAUCUGAUUGGCUAUCAACUGCCCUGAUUUCAGCCUUAAUUGGACAAUUUAAUAGGACAGUACGCGUCAUGCCUAAGUAAUUGGACAGUACGCACCAUCACGCGCGGGCUUAAAUGGCUUUUUGACUAGCAAAAAAAAAUUGGAUUUCUUCUGUUCUGGUGUCAAAAAAGGGCCUUAUAUAUCACAAAUUUUGUUAAAGUUAUGAUUAAUUGGUAACAGAACUUCGUGUCGUCCAAUUCAGUCUGUAAUCAUACUCGUGAUUAAACAAAUCGGACUCCCGCUACGCGGUCGUCCGAUUUUGUUAAUCACUCGUAUGAUUACAGACCGAAUUGGACUCCACUCAGUCCUGUUACCAUUACUAAUUCAUAUGGAUUGAAAGCCGUUAUUCAAGUUGAUCUGACAAAGUGAUCAGUUUUCUACAUUAUUUUUAUUACAAUGAAUGAAUAAAGCAGAUACUAAUGGUGCAAUUAAUUAUCAUGCACAUCAAAAGUUUUUUUUGGCUAGUUUUAACAUACAGUUUUUAAAACAUUAUCAGCUUUUACUUGUGAACUUCAAGAACAGGGCACAUUUCCCUUUUGUUUCAGCAUUUGUCAUUUACAACUUUUUGAGUCUGUGUUAUGAAUAUUUGGGUGGUGAAAUGGCAAUCUUAUCAGAAAUACGAGGAAGACCAAUCAAGUAAGUCUUAACAGUACUAUUAACUUUAACACUAUUAGAUAUUUCAGAUUGUGUAUGGAACAAGAAAAUAUAUUAAUGGCAAAGCUCUGUCAGUAAAAUUCUGUUAUUGUCAAGAGAGUUUUCAAUAAAAAAGUAAUUUUAGUUGCAUUUUUUAGUGAAAAGUUCCUCAUCAAACUUAACCCAUUCGCCCCUGAACCGCCUGUAACCGCCCGUGCGGAUCCACGUCCUUUCUACCCUUUGUGACGUCAUCAGUUUUAACGGUCAAGGACAGCUUUGUCCGCUAACUUGUGCAGAGUGAAGAGAUCUUUCAAACCAUACCAGAAUGAGCACAAUUCAGUCAAGGAAACCGGAGAAAGAGGCAAAAAACCAUGUAACAUUGACCUGAAAAUCUCCAUGAAAAUCUUGUUCCAUUGCCCACCUACCUUUCCUUUCACCUAAUCCUAAGAUCCUAAAAGCUUUCCUAAAAAGUAUUCCCACCAAAAUGAAGCCUACUAAAUGCCCAGCAAGAGAAAAAAAAAAUGAGGCAAAAAAAGCGAAAAAAGAGGGGAGGAGAGAAAGCGAAAAGUAAAAGUCAAGACUGCUGUGUCACUUUUAAACCCAACAACUAUGUCGAAAUUUUGCUUUCUGCGCAUGCCCUAACUUCGCAAGCUGAUAGUUUGCAUCUGGAUCAGAAGGCCGCGAAGUGUACGACCUGUAAAGUGGUUUGUGGUAAGUUUUAGCUCUUUAUAGCACGACAGUGCCCAGAAAACCACUCGACUAGCUUCAAAACGCGUUUUUCGGCAAAAUCUCCAGGAGCGAAUGGGUUAAACGCAAGAAAGUGGGGAACCAGAUAGAUACAAUAUUUUUCUUUACACACACACUCACCUAUACUAAGAAAAAACUAGCCACUCAUGGAAUAUUUCAUUGUCUACCAUAACAAUAGUAUACUGGUAAUUGAAUGACAGUUAAUUGUUGUUAGUACAUUUGUGUUAAGUUAAGUAGAAAUGUUGUUUUCAAUAUUAUUAUUAAAUAUGUAGCUAAUAUAUCCACAUCAUUGAUAAUAUUUCAGAGCUAGUUGGUUGUGGUGUACAUGCUGUCUUACUGGCUGCCAGUACACAAUAGUUUUCCUCAGAUUUUGUAAACAGGUGAGAACUUCAACUAACUUGAAAAUUUAGGUUAUGUUAUCCAAGAUUCUAGACCGUUCACAGUCCUCGGGAUCAAGCACCCACUGUUAACCCUUACAGUGCCAUCUUGGUUUCAAAUGUACUGUGUCUAGAUUUGAUUGGUCUCAAAUCUAUUUAGGUAGCAGAGGAUGGUUUGGGAGAAGGCAGGAGAAAUAGAAAUUCCCUCUGUUUUUCUCACCUUCCUACCCCCCGCCUCACAAUAAAUCCCGAUGCCCUCCCCCUCGGUACAUUCAAACCCAAGAUUUCCAGAUUCGGGAAAUAAAUCUGGGAAAUCUUUGCUUGUGGAAUACAGAAUCCAGGAAUCUUUUGCUUGAGGAAUCUGGAAUCCUGGGCUUUGGAAUCCGUAAUCCAACUCCAGGAAUCCGGAAUCCCACUAAGGAUUGGGAUUCAGAAUCCAAGUUCCACUGGCAAAGAAUUGGGAAUCCACCGCGUAGAGUCAAGUAUCCAAGUCUGUUUUUAUUACCUUACGUGGGGUGAUUUCUUAUUUACUGAUUUCCCAAUUCAUUCCAUUAUAUUUUGCCACUCUGUACUAUGGCAGCCCUGAUCCAGUAUAAUAACUAUAUUAUAAUUAAUUAUAUAAUAUUAUACAGUACAAUAAAAUAAUUAUUGUUGAUGGUGACUUAAUCAAUGUCAGUUACAGUGGACCCUGGAUAUAAUGAACCUCUAUAUUAUGAAGUCCUCUGUAUAACAAACAAUUUUCUUUACCCCAGAUAGACUUUAUUAUGGUAAAAUAUUUGCAAAAGAACCACGAUAUGACAAAACCUCAUUAUAGCGAACAGCAAACAAAUUUUUCCAGUCCCUUGGCCCUUUGUUAUGUUGAUGUUCCACUGUAUUUCCUUCUUUAAUGUCUUGUGUUAACUUGAUGGUGAUCAAAUAUUGAUUAUUGAGUUUAUGAUUUAUUUGCAGGCGACUCUUCAGUACUGUGUAAUCAAACCAGUUAUGGCAGUCAUUACUCUUAUCCUUCAGCCAUUAGGCUAUUACUCAGAUGGAGACUGGAGGUAUUCACACGUCCUUCUUUAUUACUGUAAAUCUUCUAUUAAGCCCCCUGGGGGCCUUAUUUAUUUCUAGCCCAGUUGAGGAGGAACUUAAUAGAGGCAGCUGGCUUAUUAGAGUGGGGGAUGGGGGGGGGCUUAUUUAAUUUAGACACGACGAUGGUAUCAGUUCUCCAUAAAGAACUAGAAUACAAAGUGGAAGUUGGAGGGAGCUCAAGUAUAAGAAGUUGGAGGUCAUGAAACCGAGGAUCAGAAUCAAAUCCGAACUUCCAGUUGGUAAAUAAACCAUCCCGGAUCAGUACACACAAAGUUUUACAGUUGUGAUUGAUCAAUACAGUCUAUCAUUUAUUACUGAAGAAUGAUUAGGGGAGGGGAGGGGGGGGGGGCUUAUUAACUUUCUUCCCCUAAUAUGUGGGGGGGGGAGAUGAAACUUGGGACAAAAUGGUUUCAACCUAGUUUGAAUGUCAGUUUUCUUUGUUUCCUAACCCUAUAAAAAUCAGACUAGGUUGAAACCAUUUUAACCUAAAAUUUCAUUUUGACCCACAAAAUUUAUAAUUGAGAAAUGAAUUUCUAAGUGUGAAAAAAUUUGCGUCAGAUCUGGCACCAGUUGUUUAAUCAUUGCUUAGCAAUACCCACCAGAUAAAUCACUAUCCAGUGGAUAAGUAUUAGGGAAACCAAUUUCGUUAUCUACCGGACAGAGAUUUAUCUACUGGGUAACUGGGUAGCGUUUUACACCUAUUGAACAACUGGGGCCUAUAGGCAAUAGCUUAGCAUCAUAUAUAUCCAUACAGACUAAGGCUCAUAUAAGCAAUGUAACAAGCUUCUUUUUCUUUUUUGUUUCAGGGCUGAUCGUGGUUAUCUAUACAUUACAAUUGUUUAUAACAUUACAGUCUCACUGGCGCUGUAUGCGCUGUUUCUGUUUUAUCAAGCUACAAGAGAUCUUCUUAGUCCUUACUAUCCUGUUUUAAAGUUUUUCACCAUCAAGUCUGUUAUUUUUCUUUCCUUCUGGCAAGGUAAGAAGAGAUUACCCAGUGACAAUGUUUCCGUUGAAUUAUAGUUCUUGGAUUUAUAUAAUCCUGGGCCGGAUUGUUCGAAGUAGCCGGGUAAAGGUAAUCCAGGGUUAGUGCAAAAUUUGAACUCGCAUAUGAUGAUGAUGAUGAUGAUACCUUUAUUAAAGUGUCAAACUGUAAUAGCGGUAUAUAACCACUAAGUGGGGACACUAAAAUAAAUUUAAAAAAAUAAAUCAAUUAAUAAAUUAAUUAAAAAUUAAGAAAAACUAUGUACAGUAUAAGCAAGUGAGAAAUUCGAGAGGACUAUAUACAAUAUGUACAAAUGUGUCCAUUACUUAUAAAUAGAAAAAAAAAAAAAGAAAUAAAAGAUUAAGAAGUGCAAAGAGAGCAGUUAGAGCAGUUAUUGUCAUCUAAUAGCAUGCUAAGAUCCACUUUUCUGAUGUUAUAUUUGAAGGAGGACAGCGUGGAAGCUUUUUUCACAUUACUNUGAAUAGACCAGGAUCUACUGUUCCAUGACAGGCGCGAAAAAGAACAAAGGAGAUGUUUUGAUGGUUACGCUCCAACACCAAGAAAUUCCACGCACUCUUGAAUAAAGACCCAUUGACUGCAGGCGUUAAUUCCAAGAGCUCUUCAUUGCGGAGUACUCUUGGGACGACCUUCCACUCUCGUAUGCAAAUACGGAACUCCAUUACGAAAUCUUUCCAAUCCCGGACUUGAAACGUCCAAACGUCUCCUUCAUAACCAUUUAAAUCAAUUUUGGUGACUGCCAAUUGAGAGAUAUUACCUUUAGUAAACUGCUCGUUGAGUUCGAACACAUUAGGACGGCAAGUUGCGGAGUAUACAAGACAAAUUACGGAGAGCAAAAAUCCGUGUCUGACCGACAUUGUUAUGCAUGAAUCAUGAGAGCUUAAAAAGCUAAUUCAGUUUAAUUCUCUUGGCCUACUAUUUGAUGAUUGGAUUCUCUAAAAAGGAUAGCGGAAAUUAUCCGAGAAAGUGCUUUUGAUAAAAAGAAAAAGAAACCCGUGUUAAAAUUAACCCCCGGGUUAGCGCUAACCGGCGUUCGAACAACUGGGCCAUGGUCUCCCCAACAGACAGAACGUUCGGUCGCUCGCAAGCAAGCUCGCGCAAAUGCUAGAGGCUCAUGCGUGCGCGUUUGGCGAGCCGUGAAAAUUGCGCAAAUUUUCCAUUUGCUCCAUGACUGGCAUUGAAAAUAUCGGGGAAAAUUAGCUGCGCGAGAACGCGAGGGCCACGCACGCUAAUCUUAAAUUGCUGGGACACUUAACUCUACUCUUGACUGAAUCUCAUCCCCCUUCGCAUAGUUGUAAAAAAUGGGGAUACCGUUUGGUGCGAGGGGCAAGGAAGCAUUUGCAUGAGGUGUCUCAACAAUUGUGUUUUCACGUAUACAACUGAUAUACUUGUGCUUCUUGAGUCCCCUCCCCUUCCCAAAAACAAAAACAACAAAAAAUGGUUGAGAACUAAAAUAGAGACCGUAGCACUUUUCUUCGGGGAAAACAUUUUCUGUUGUUUCUUUAAAUUUGCUUUAGGUGUUCUUCUAGCUGUGUUUGAAAAGGCAGGCGCUAUCCGUACUUAUCAUGGCAUCUCUGCCGGCACAAUCGCUGCAGGCUAUCAGAAUUUCGUGGUGUGCAUAGAAAUGUUUUUCGCUUCCAUAGCUCUGAGAUACGCCUUUCCUUUUUCAAUCUACCGCCAUCAGAGAAAACUCGAUGAGUGCGGGCAAGGGAUUGCUUUGAAGAGCAUCUCGAGAAAUCUUAGGCAAACAAUUAACCCAAAAGACAUUGUAGACGACGCGAUACACAACUUCUCCAGAUCGUAUCAGCAUUACGCUAACGCGCAGAAUUUAAAGAAUUUCAACGAGGAGAGUGUUUACAAUGAAGAGAGCGUAAUACCGGGGAACAAUGUUACGUCAUAUCGUAGUACCGUGGUGGAUAACCUGGACAGUAUCAGGCCAGGAAUGCAGGUGACUGUAUUGGACAAUCAUGGAUAUAGGUAUGAUAAUGAUACUAACACCCUGCUGGAUUCUGACGAUGAGUUUUAA